UAAAGAAGCAAAAGUUGUGAAGGAAACACGCUGUAGUGAACAUCCUGUGUAGUAUUAGACCACAGUCAUUUGUUACUCAGACGCUCAGAGAGCAUGACUUACAUUCACACAUCAAGACUAUAUUUUGGGUUUUUGUUCUUUAUUCUGUCCUUUCAACGAUGCUGCUCAGCAGUUGAUCUGAGUGUACAGUGUAAGAUCAUCAACCUUGAGUAUGUGGAGUGCUUCUGGCACCCAAACACAUCAACAAUGAACUACACCUUCAGCAGUGCAUUUAAAAAGGAUCUCUCACAAGACUGUCCAGAAUACAUAAGGGAGCACAAUUACACUGUAGGCUGCAGAAUUCCUCUCAAAGACCCUGGUCACAAGUUUAGAAAAUUUUAUACAAAUGUAUCCACUGACGGAAACCACACUAUUUCAAAAACCUUUGAAUCCCUCCAGAGAAAAGUGCAGCUAAACCCACCCUAUAACCUCUCAGUGAUGUGGAAUGAGCAGGACAGCACACUUUUACUGCAGUGGAACAGUAGUUCCCCCCCCCAAAAAAAAUGUGUCGUCUAUAUGGUGCGCAACCAGAAAGACACAAGCCAGUCCUCAAACGUGACAGGUACAUCAUACAGUCUGUCUCAGGUCUCACAGAACAAGCCCUAUGUUUUCCAAGUGCGGAGCACUGUUGCUGACACCUGUGGUGAUUCAGAUCUCUGGAGUGACUGGAGUGAUCCGGUGGAGUGGGGCAGUACCGGGAACAUCAGCAGACAAGGCUGGUGGACGUGGUUGUAUGGUAUUGUGUCAGUCCUUCUGCUGUUUCUGCUGGGUUUCUUAUUGUGUUAUUGUGAGAGGAAAAAGAUCAUCUUUCUUCCGGUCGUGCCUGACCCUAGCAAAAACCUACAGGAUUUGUUUCAUAAACAUGAUGGAAAUGUUGAGAGCUGGGUUCACAUCUCCAGAGAGCUGAAGGAAGCUUUUGAGCCUGACUACACAGAGCCAUCCUGUGACGUGUGUGAACUUAUGCCCUCUUGUGACGCCGGUCCUGCUUCUCAAACUGACAACUGUGAUGAACCAAGCACUGAAAAAGUGCGUGCAGAUGAACCAAGCACUGAAAAAGAGCGUGCAGAUGAACCAAGCAAUGAAGGAGAGCAUGCAGAUGAACCAAGCACUGAAAAAGAGCAUGCAGAUGAACCAAGCAAUGAAAGAGAGCGUGCAGAUGAACCAAGCACUGAAGGAGAGCGUGCAGAUGAACCAAGCACUGAAGGAGAGCGUGCAGAUGAACCAAGCACUGAAGGAGAGCGUGCAGAUGAACCAAGCACUGAAGGAGAGCGUGCAGAUGAACCAAGCACUGAAAGAGAGUAUGCAGAUAAACCAAGCACUGGAGAAGAGCGUGCAGAUGAACCAAGCACUGAAAAAGAGUAUGCAGAUAAACCAAGCACUGGAGAAGAGUAUGCAGAUAAACCAAGCACUGAAAAAGAGCAUGCAGGACAGCAGAGCUCAUAAGCCAAAGUGGCACUAACCAUUCACCUGCACUGUCAGCUCAUUCUUACUGAACAUUUUAAUGUUUCCUUUUGCACAUUUAUUUUACCUCAUUCAUUUCUUAUUGUAAGCAGAGUUUAUGUAUUUGUAGUAAAUGUAAUUGUUGACAUUUCUCAAUCAAUAUUACAGUGUACCCAAAAGUUUAGGGUUGUUAUGUUGACCAAGACUGCUUUUAUUUGA